AUGCUGCGCCCGCGGCCGUCCGGGCCGGCCCCGCCGCGGCCGCUGCUGCUGCUGCUCGUGGUGGCCGCGCGCGCCCUGCCCGGUGCGGCCGGGACGUGCCCCGAGCGCGCGCUGGAGCGGCGCGAGGAGGAGGCGAACGUGGUGCUCACGGGCACCGUGGAGGAGAUCCUCAACGUGGACCCGGUGCAGCACACGUACUCGUGCAAGGUCCGGGUCUGGCGCUACUUGAAGGGCAAAGACGUGGUGACCCAGGAGAGCCUGCUGGACGGUGGUAACAAGGUGGUGAUUGGCGGCUUUGGGGACCCCCUCAUCUGCGACAACCAGGUGUCCACUGGGGACACCAGGAUCUUCUUCGUGAACCCUGCCCCCCCAUACCUGUGGCCCGCCCGCAAGAACGAGCUGAUGCUCAACUCCAGCCUCCUGCGCAUCACCCUGAGGAACCUGGAGGAGGUGGAGCACUGCGUGCAAGACAAACCUGGGACCCACUUCACGCCAGCGCCCCCAAUGCCUCCGGACGCCUGCCGAGGCGUGCUGUGCGGCUUCGGUGCCGUGUGCGAGCCCAGCACGGAGAGUCGCCGGGCCUCCUGCGUGUGCAAGAGGAGUGCCUGCCCCGCCGUGGUGGCGCCCGUGUGUGGCUCGGACGCGUCCACCUACAGCAACGAGUGCGAGCUGCAACGCGCCCAGUGUCUCCAGCAGCGGCGCAUCCGCCUGCUCAGCCGCGGGCCCUGCGGCUCCCGGGACCCCUGCUCCAACGUGACCUGCAGCUUCGGCAGCACCUGUGCGCCCUCGCCCGAUGGACAGACGGCCACAUGCCUGUGUCCCGUCUCCUGCCACGGGGCCCCUGAGGGCACCGUGUGCGGCAGUGACGGCGCAGACUACCCGGCGAGUGCCAGUGCUGCGCGCGCCUGCGCCCGCCAGGAGAACAUCUCCAAGAAGUUCGACGGGCCUUGCGACCCCUGUCAGAGUGCCAGCCAGGACGCGAGCCGCGUGUGCCGCGUGAACCCGCGCUCCCGGCAGGCGGAGAUGCUCCUGCGGCCGGAGGCCUGCCCGGCGCGGCGCGCCCCCGUGUGCGGGGACGACGGCGUCACCUAUGACAGCGACUGCAUCAUGGGCCGCACCGGGGCUGCCCGUGGCCUCCUGCUCCAGAAAGUGCGCUCCGGCCAGUGCCAACCCCGAGACCAGUGCCCGGAGCCCUGCCGCUUCAACGCCGUGUGCCUGGCCCGCCGCGGCCGCCCCCGCUGCUCCUGCGACCGCGUCACCUGCGACGGGGCCUACAGACCCGUGUGCGCCCGCGACGGACACACGUACGACAACGACUGCUGGCGCCAACAGGCCGAGUGCCGGCAGCAGCGCGCCAUCCCCGCCGAGCACCAGGGCCCGUGUGACCAGCCUCCAUCUCCGUGCCGAGGGGUGCAGUGCCCCUUUGGGGCAACGUGUGCUGUGAGGAAUGGGGAAGCCCAGUGUGCGUGUCCACAGGCCUGUUCGGGCGUCUACGACCCCGUGUGUGGCAGCGACGGCGUCACGUACAGCAGCACCUGCGAGCUGGAGGCCACCGCCUGCACCCUCGGGCGGGAGAUCCGCGUGGCGCGCCGGGGCCCUGCGGUCAGUGACCGCUGCGGGCAGUGCCGCUUCGGAGCCCUGUGCGAGGCCGGGACCGGCCGCUGCGUGUGCCCCUCGGAGUGUGUGGCGUCGGCGCAGCCUGUGUGCGGCUCGGACGGGCACACCUACGCCAGCGAGUGCGAGCUGCACGUCCACGCCUGCACGCGCCAGAUCAGCCUGCACGUGGCCUCAGCCGGACGCUGCCAGACCUGUGGGGACACGGUGUGCGCCUUCGGGGCCGUGUGCCUGGCCGGGCAGUGUGUGUGCCCGCGCUGUGAGCGCCCCCCGCCCGGCCCGGUGUGCGGCUCGGACGGGGUCACCUACCCCAGCGCGUGUGAGCUGCGCGAGGCCGCGUGCCGACAGCAGAUGCAGAUCGAGGAGGCCCGGGCCGGGGCCUGCGAGCAGGCUGAGUGCGGCUCCGGGGGCUCCGGCUCGGGGGAAGACGGCGAGUGCGAGCAGGAGCUGUGCCGGCAGCGCGGUGGCGUCUGGGACGAGGAUUCCGAGGACGGGCCCUGCGUGUGCGACUUCAGCUGCCAGCAUGUCCCGAGGAGCCCGGUCUGCGGCUCUGACGGGGUCACUUACGGCACGGAGUGCGAGCUGAAAAGGGCCAGGUGUGAAUUGCAGGGAGAGCUGUACGUGACGGCGCAGGGGGCCUGCCGAGGCCCCACCCUGGCCCCGCCGGCCCCCGCGGCUCCCUGGCACUGCAUCCACACGCCCUACGGCUGCUGCCGGGACAACCUCACCGCGGCCCAGGGUGUGGGCCUGGCCGGCUGCCCCAGCUCCUGCCAGUGCAACCCCCACGGCGCCUAUGGCAGCGCCUGUGACCCAGCCACCGGCCAGUGCUCCUGCCGCCCUGGCGUGGGCGGCCUCAAGUGUGACCGCUGCGAGCCCGGCUUCUGGAACUUCCGGGGCAUCGUCACCCACGGUCGGAGCGGCUGCACACCCUGCAGCUGUGACCCCCAGGGCGCUGUCCGGGACGACUGUGAGCAGAUGACUGGGCUGUGCUCCUGCAAGCCCGGGGUGGCCGGUCCCAAGUGCGGGCAGUGUCCAGACGGCCGAGCUCUGGGCCCCGCUGGCUGUGAGACAGACUCCUUGGGGCCCAGGACCUGUGCUGAGAUGCACUGUGAAUUUGGGGCGUCCUGCGUCGAGGAGGCCGGCUCCGCCCACUGCGUGUGCCCCACCCCCACCUGUCCAGGCCCCAAUGCCACCAAGGUCUGCGGCUCGGAUGGGGUCACCUACGGAAACGAGUGCCAACUGAGGACCAUCGCCUGCCGCCAGGGCCUGGGCAUCUCCGUCCAGAGCCUCGGCCCGUGCCAGGAAGCCCCUGUUCCUGGUGCCCGCCCCACCACCCCAGGGCUGGAUCCCAGCAAGGCCCUAGCUGCACCCCCCAGCACCCGCCCCCCGGCUCCCAGCAGCACCCCGCGCAGCCGGCCCACCCCGCGGCCCUCUCCGAGACCCUGGACCACUGCCAGCAUGCCCAUGACCACUGCCAGGUCUGCGCUGACCAUGCCCCCCACGGCUAUCCCCUCGGCGGCCAGCUUGGCCACAUCCGCCUUCGGGGAGUCCGGUAGUGCGGACGGGAGCGGAGAUGCGGAGCUGAGUGGGGACCUGGAGGCCAGUGGGGCCGGCUCCGGGGGCCUCGAGCCCCCUGAGGGGGACAGUGCUGUGACCCCGGGGCUGCCCAUCGAGAGGGCCUCUUGCUUCAACUCGCCUUUGGGCUGCUGCUCAGACGGCAAGACGCCCUCCCUGGACGCAGAGGGCUCCAACUGUCCCGCCACCACGGCCUUCCAGGUCGAGCUGGAGCUGGAGAGCGUGGAGGGCCAGGAGCUGUUCUACACGCCUGAGAUGGCCGACCCCAAGUCGGAGCUGUUCGGGGAGACUGCCAGGAGCAUCGAGAGCGUGCUGGACGACCUGUUCCGGAACUCAGACGUGAAGAAGGACUUCCGGAGCGUCCGCCUGCAGUACCUGGGGCCCGGCGUCUCCGUCCGCGCCGGCGUGGCUGUGCACUUCGACCCCACCACGACCGUCCUGGCAGCCGACGUGGGCCAGGCGCUGCUCCGGCAGAUCCAGGCGUCCAGGCGCCGGUCCCUGGGGGUGCGCCGGCCGCCGCAGGACCACGUGCGCUUCCGGGACUUCGAUCCGUUUCCUCCCUUUUUCACGGGAGCCACCCCCGCCGCAGCCACGGCCAGAGCCACCACCGUCGCUCACGUGCCAUCUGCAGUGACCCCUCGGGCCCACCGCCCCAGUCACACCAGCCGGCCGAUCAGCAGCAGAACCACAGCGCCCCCCACCACACGCAGACCCCCCACCACUGCCCCUAGUCGGGCGCCUGGGCGUCGGCCCCUGCCUCCGGGCACCCAGCAGCCCCCCAGGCCCUGUGACUCCCAGCCCUGCCUCCACGGGGGGACCUGCCAGGACUGGGGUGCAGGCGGACACUUCACCUGCAGCUGCCCAGCCGGCAGGGGGGGCGCUGUCUGUGAGAAGGUGCUACACCCCGCGGUGCCAGCGUUCGGGGGCCAAUCCUUCCUGGCCUUGCCCACUCUACGCGCCUACCACACGCUGCGCCUGGCACUGGAGUUCCGGGCGCUGGAGCCACGGGGGCUGCUGCUGUACAACGGCCACGCUCGCGGCAAGGACUUCCUGGCGCUGGCGCUGCUGGGGGGCCGCGUGCAGCUCAGGUUCGACACAGGCUCCGGGCCUGCCGUGCUGACCAGCACCGUGCCGGUGGUGCCCGGGCGGUGGCACCGCUUGGAGCUGUCCCGGCACUGGCGCCAGGGCUCGCUGUCCGUGGACGGCGAGAGCCCCGUGCUGGGCGAGAGCCCCAGCGGCACUGACGGCCUCAACCUGGACACCGACCUGUUCGUGGGAGGCGUGCCGAAGGACCUGGCUUCCGUGGUGCGCGAGCAGACCUCAGUCGGCACCGGCCUCAGGGGCUGUAUCCGCCUGCUGGACGUGAACAACCGGCAGCUGGAGCUGGGCAGCUGGCCGGGGGCCGCCACCCGGAGCUCCGGCGUGGGCACGUGCGGGGACCAGCCCUGCCUGCCCAACCCCUGCCUCGGCGGGGCCCCAUGCCAGGCCCUGGAGGCCGGCCAGUUCCACUGCCAGUGCCCGCCGGCCCGGUUUGGCCCCACCUGCGCUGAGGAGAAGAACCCCUGUGAGCCGAACCCCUGCCAUGGGGCAGCCCCGUGCCACGUGCUGCCUGAGGGCGAGGCCAAGUGCGAGUGUCCCCCGGGGCAUGGGGGCCCCCUCUGCCAGACAGUCUUGGAGCAUGACGACCCCCGGCCCUUACUGGCCGACUUCAGCGGCUUCUCCUUCCUGGAGCUGAAGGGCCUGCACACCUUCGACCGGGACCUGGGGGAGAAGAUGGCCCUGGAGGUGGUGUUCCUGGCCCGUGGCCCCAGCGGCUUGAUCCUCUACAACGGGCAGAAGACGGACGGCAGGGGAGACUUCGUGUCACUGGCGCUGCAGGACGGCCGCCUGGAAUUCCGCUACGACCUGGGCAAAGGGACGGCGGUCAUCAGGAGCCAGGAGUCGGUGGCCCUGGGCGCCUGGACCCGGGUGGCCGUGGAGCGGAACGGCCGCAAGGGGUCCCUGCGCGUGGGCGACGGGCUGCGAGUGCUGGGGGAGUCCCCGAAAUCCCGCAAGGUGCCGCACACCGUCCUCAACCUGAAGGAGCCGCUGUACGUCGGUGGCGCCCCUGACUUCAGCAAGCUGGCCCGGGCGGCCGCGGUGGCCUCGGGCUUCGAUGGCGCCAUCCAGCGGGUCUCUCUGAACGGCCGGCAGCUGCUGACCCAGGAGCACGUGGUGCGGUCGGUGGGCACGGGCUCCUUCCCUGACCACCCCUGCGCGCGGGCCUCGGGACAGCCCUGCCUGCACGGGGCCGUCUGCCUCCCGCAGGGGGCCGCCUACGAGUGCCUGUGCCCCGGGGGCUUCUCGGGGCCCCACUGCGAGAAGGGACUGAUCGAGAAGGCGGCCGGGGACCUGGACGCCCUGGCAUUUGACGGACGGACCUACGUCGAGUACCUCAACGCCGUGACAGAGAGGUAACCCCCGCGGGAGCCAGGCUCCCCUUGCUGUCCGGGCCCGCCAGCCGCACCCGCGGCCCACCCCACCCGCCCCGCAGCCCCGCUCACGCCUGUCUCUUUGUUUCCAAGCGAACUGACCAAUGAGAUCCCCGCUCCGGAAGCUCCGGAUUCGGGGCCCCACCACAGGGAGAAGGCUCUGCAGAGCGACCACUUUGAGCUGAGCCUGCGCACGGAGGCCACGCAGGGGCUGGUGCUGUGGAGCGGCAGGGCGACCGAGCGGGCAGACUACAUGGCGCUGGCCAUCGUGGACGGCCGCCUGCAGCUGACCUACGACCUGGGCUCCCGGCCGGUGACACUGCGGUCCUCUGUGCCCGUCAACACCGGCCGCUGGCUGCGGGUCCAGGCACACAGGGAGCAGAGAGCAGGCUCCCUCCAGGUGGGCAACGAGGCCCCGGUGACCGGCUCAUCCCCGCUGGGCGCCACGCAGCUGGACACAGACGGAGCCCUGUGGCUGGGUGAGUGUGGGGCUGCGCCGGUGGGGCAGGCCCUGCCCAAGGCCUAUGGCACAGGCUUUGUGGGCUGCCUGCGGGACGUGGUGGUGGGCCGGCGGCCACUGCACCUGCUGGAGGACGCAGUGGCGAAGCCCGUGCUGCGGCCAUGCCCGCCCCGUGAGCCUGCGCCUCGCCUUGCUGUAGCUACUUUCUAUUUUUGUAAACCUGUUGCCUUUUUGAUAUAAUUUUCUUGCCCAUGCAUUGGCUGGAGGUACUGCCGGCCCGACCUCCCGCUGUCUGUCCGUCUAGGUGGGCGGCGGCAGCACAUGGGGCUGCUGAGGGACGUGGGGCCCUGGCCUGGACAGCAGCUGCCUGUGCCACCUCGUGCCGUCUCCCCAGGGCCGGGUCCCCAGGGGCCGCCUCCCACACCUGCGUCCCCCACCCCAUCUGUGUGCCCCACCCCUGGAGCAGCAGGGUACCCUUCCUCUGGGCCAGCCCAGGUCCCCCAGCGGGCCUCUCCCCCUAUGGUGCUGCGGCGCUGGCCUCUCAGGGCCUCCUGUGGCCGGCCCCGGGGCUCCCAGGCCAGGGCCAUGACCAGGGCCCAACUGCUGGGGCGAGAGCCAGGCUCAGGCCUGCGUGGCUGCCCAUGCCUCCGCCCGCCCUCCCUGACCCCCGGGCACUGCGAGGGUGUGGGCCACAGCAUGACAGGGUUGCCUGGAUGCCCCGUCACCCUCAAGGCCGGAGCCCGGGACUGGCUUGGCAGCCAGAGUCUCGGGGGCCCGGAGGGGUGGGGCGGCUUGCCUGGCCCCCAGCGGCACUGGUGUGGGCCGGCGAGGCUGCUGCUUGGUCCAGGAGUGACCGGGGCCCUCUGAGGAUGUAGGGCAGGGCCGGGGUGGAGGUGGCAGAGACAGCCAUGAACCCAGAAACGCCUUAACCUGCGCUUGGGCCUGGUCGCCCCUCCCGGUUCCGGUGGCCGCCCUGACCCUCCCACUAUCCCCCCACACCAGGUGCAAGCUGCUGGGAGCCCAGUGUCCUCCUACUAACCCCAGUCUGUGUCCAUGUCAGUCCUGUGAAAUAAAGCUGAACACGACAAAGAGGGUGCUUGGGUCUGUCUACACCACACGCCGCG